AUGAAGUUCAGUCUUGUCCACGUUUCCACACUUCUUUCUCUAGCACUUCUGGGAUGCCAUGCAGUGACUCCUGAUGUUUACUGGAAGUCUAUGCUGCCAAACAGUCCUAUGCCCAAAUCAGUCAAGGAUCUUGUGCACACUGCAGGAUGGACGGACGAGAAGUACACCAUGGUCGGAGUUGGGAGUCGUGGUGUGGAGGUGGGCGCCGGAACACCAGGGGAUCAAACGGAUGUUGGUGUCGGAAGAGGUGGUGUUGCUGUGCAUACAACCCACAGAGGGAAGCCCGUUUGCGUAGGUGUACAUCCAGGACCCGAUCCAUUCAAUUACCUCUACGCUGCCUCUGCUGAUCAACUCAAAGAUGAUCCAAAUGUAGCUUUGUUCUUCUUGGAAAACGACUUGCAUCACGGCAAGGAAAUGAAGUUACAUUUCACAAAAGUAGACCCAACCCAAAAACCAAACUUUUUACCUCGACAGAUAGCUGACUCGAUACCCUUUUCAUCAAACAAACUUCCACAAAUCUACAACAAGUUCUCGAUAAAACCCGACUCACUGGAAGCUGAAAUCAUGAAGCAAACACUAACCCAAUGUGAGAGCAAAGGCAUCAAAGGUGAGGAAAAAUAUUGCGCAACCUCAUUAGAAUCCAUGGUGGAUUUUAGUACUACAAAGUUGGGUAAAAAAGUGAAAGCGAUCUCAACAGAAGUAAAUGUUAAAGAAAGUACUCCAUUGCAGAAGUAUACGAUUGAGGGAGCUAAGAAACUUGUAGCAGAUAGAGCUGUGGUUUGCCAUAAGAAAAACUACGCUUACGCUGUGUUUUAUUGCCACAAAACUGUUAGCACUCGAGCGUACGUUGUUUCUUUGGUGGGAGAGGAUGGUACUAAAGCAAAAGCAGUAGCAGUUUGCCAUACAGACACCUCGAAAUGGAACCCGAAACAUUUGGCUUUUCAAGUGCUUAAAGUGAAACCAGGAAGUGUCCCAGUUUGUCAUUUCUUGCCUGAAGAUCACGUUGUCUGGGUUCCAUACUAA